GCGUCCUGCAUUGUGGCUUUAAGAAUGGGGCUUCCUUGAAACCGUCAAGUUCCAUGUUUGCGUGGCCAAAUAGAUGAACUUAUUCAACGUAACAACUUUUAGAAAUAACUCAUUUUAGACGCUUUUAACGUUUUGCAUUUUAGAGCAGUCUGCUCCGUUACGCUUUGCUUUGCACGCGUGUCUGCUGUUUGCAGAGUUUCUUAAGUUGCAUGCUCAGUAUGCGCGUUAGCAGACAGGGAGUGGCAAAAUAUAAAUACUUUUUUUUUUUUUUCUGCCACAACACCUCGAACUCAUUUGUAUAUACAGCAAUAACGUCCCUGUCUUUGAGUGACGGAUCUAAUGGACCAUUCUCCGUCGAUAAUCACGCAAGUAACCAGAGACGAGGAGGAAAAUGCGACUUGUCGUGAGGACGGUGCCAACGACGUUUCCCCGUCCAAGAAGCCUCGCAGCAGAGGCCUUCUCCGCAGUCUCUUCUGCUGUAUUUGUAGCAAGGAAUCGGAGCCGCCUCCCCUAAAAAACAAUGCCCCCCUCUUGGUCGAGGAAAAUGGAAGUCUGUCAAAAGUACCAGCAAAGCCGCUGCUCCCACGGCUGAAAUCGAAUGAUGCAGGGAAGAUCUGUGUGGUCAUCGAUUUGGAUGAAACACUAGUGCAUAGUUCCUUUAAGCCAGUGAACAAUGCUGAUUUUAUCAUUCCAGUGGAAAUUGAUGGAACAGUUCACCAGGUGUAUGUGUUAAAGAGACCCCACGUUGACGAAUUCCUCAAAAGGAUGGGAGAAUUGUUCGAGUGCGUCUUGUUCACCGCAAGCUUAUCCAAGUACGCGGAUCCUGUGUCGGACCUGUUGGACAAAUGGGGGGCUUUCCAGAGCCGUCUGUUCCGGGAGUCGUGCGUCUUCCACAAAGGGAACUACGUUAAAGACUUGAGCCGUUUAGGGAGAGAACUCAACAAGGUCAUCAUCAUUGAUAACUCCCCAGCUUCCUACAUCUUCCAUCCCGAAAACGCAGUUCCUGUAGUAUCCUGGUUUGACGACAUGUCCGACACCGAGCUCCUCGAUCUUAUCCCCUUCUUUGAGAGACUAAGCAAAGUGGACGACGUCUAUGACAUCCUGCAGCAGCAGCAGCAGCAGCAGCAGAGGACUUCAAGUUAACAGAGGCAGGACACUAGGAUGAAAACAAUCACCAGCAGCUGCCGUCACGGGGCCACGGAGGCCGGUGGGCUGCAGGCUCCACGCUGCUUCCAUUUACAAGGACCACACUGCAAAAAAAAAAACCUCAUUUAAUCUGGUGUUCGUACAGUCUAUUGCAUAACAAAAGGUGAACAGCAAUCUUCCAGCAGGGUUUGGUAUUUCAGCAUUGAAAGUUAUCCAAUCCAAAUAUGUUUUUCUUUUCUUCUCUGUAAUGCUAGAUAAGGACUGAAUAUCAGAUUCAAUGACUUCUGUAGACAUCUUUUGCAGUGCAGCUAGUGUAUUGUUGUUGUUGUUGUCCUUAUGUGACAGCAGUGACCCGUGUAAGUGUACUGGGUUGUUGUUCGGUCAUCUUCAUUUCAGAAUAGUAUUAUAUGUGAUAAUGCUUAAUUUAACAAGUUAUUGAAGACUGAUCCUUAAACCCCAUUAACUUACUUGUUUUGCCUAAAAUGGGCAAAUGUAUGUGUAGUAAAAGACAAUCAUUAACAUAAGAAAAUGUUGGUUUAAUAAUAUCAAUAACAUGUUUUUGCACAUUUCACUAAGGAACAGACAUUUUUGAUGUGCACCUCCUGUAUGUCUUUGGAGAGCUUCGAACAAAUGCAGUGUGUGGUAGGAAUGUGGGUCCAAAAAGACACCAUACACUUCAGCAUUUGCAUUUUUAGAUUGAAAAGAAACCGGAACAGUAAUCGUGGGAAUCCACUGUCAUUGAUUGCAGUCCUUAAUCACUACAUUACAGAUGACUGAUAAGGUUUAAUCACAAAUGUUCUAUUGUAAUAACCCAUUUUAGUAUGUUUUCUUACGUCCAGUUCAGUCACAAAACACCCUAAUCUUAUUCAUUAGUUAAUCUCAUACCAUUAUCAGAAAAAAAAAGCUGUAAGAUCUGGAUCUUUUGGACUGUUCUGGAUUAGCACUAAGAAAACAGGUCGACUGCACACUGAUUGGACCUUUCACAGACUCACCACUGCGGAAAGAAUGGUGAGAUUGAUUUUGUACAUACAGUAUAUCAGGCAGUUGUUUUGAUUUGGUUUUAAUGCUAUUUUACCUGAUGUUAUUUUCAUAUUUUUUUUUCGUUUAUUAGGAGCUUUUAGUUGAGUUGGCUACCACAGUGUGCGGCCCAUCAUUAAUGCAAUCUUGUACACGUGUGCAGGAGGCGGCUGUAACCUGCUACGCCAACCUAAAGAAGAUUGACACUUAAUUUGAAAGCACACUUUGAUCACUAAACUUUUUAUUCGUGCAAGACCAUAAUGGAGUCAUUGUAGUGCCGUAUCAAGCUGUAAAUGCAGUUUCAUUGAGGUAACUUGUGCCAGACAAUGCUGGAGCCCUGAUUUACUUAAACUUGGUCUGGAGUGAAUGUGUGUAUAUUUGUAUGUGUGUGUGACUGUGUCAGUGUGAGAUUUGGGGGAAAAAAAGAUACUUUGGCAAUAAGUGAAAAACCAUAACCUGUCUUUUAAUUAUGUUUUCACUUUUUUUAAUGUAUGCAACAAGAGUAUUAACAUUUUGACUCAAGUAAAGAAAACUGCUCAAACAAGUGAGUUUUUAAAUCGCUGCUGAUUGUAAAAAAAGAGAGACAACUAGAGCUGUUUUUACCGUGCGUCAAUAAAGCAUGUUUUAUUGAAACGGG